AUGUCACCGGUAAGUGACGUCGCGUCAUCGUCUCCGGCGUCUUUCAGGCUCCGUUGGGACGUGUUCCUGAGCUUCAGAGGCACCGACACGCGCGAGACUUUCACGAAGCACCUCUACGACGCGCUCCAUGGUAACGGGGUUCGGGUGUUCCGUGAUGAUGACGGGUUGGAUCGUGGUGACGAGAUCAAGGAGAGUCUUUUGGAGGCCAUUGAAGACUCUGCAGCCUCUGUUAUAAUUCUAUCUCCUGAUUAUGCAUCGUCCCAUUGGUGCCUCGAGGAGUUAGCGAAGAUUUGCGACUGUGGGAGGCUGAUCUUGCCCGUUUUCUAUCGGGUCGACCCGUCGGAUGUCCGAAAACAAAAGGGUCCCUUUGAAGAGGCUUUCAGGUCCCACAUAGACAGGUUUCAGGAAAAGAAGGUUCAGUCGUGGAGGGAUGCCAUGACCAAAGUGGGUGGAAUCGCUGGUUGGGUUUCUAAUCACAACAGUGACAGUGAUAAGCUCAUUCGAGUUUUGGUGAAAACGGUUUUGAAGCAGAUGAGGAAUACUCCACUGACUGUGGCUCAAUAUACAGUUGGGCUUGAUGAUAGAGUUGAAGAGUUGAGAAAGUUACUUGAUGUGAAAUCCAAUGAUGUAAGAGUUUUGGGGUUGUAUGGGAUGGGUGGGGUUGGUAAGACAACAUUGGCAAAGAGCCUCUUCAACAGCCUUGUUGUUCAUUUUGAGCGUCGUAGCUUCAUUUCAAAUGUUAGAGAAGUUUCAAAACAUGAUGAUGGUUUGAUUUCUCUUCAAAACAGAAUUCUUGGUGAUCUUUCCCCUGGUGGAACAGUGAUUAAUCUUGUCAAUGAUGGUAUUUCUGCUAUCAAAAGAAUAGUAGAGGAAAAUCGAGUUCUGUUAAUCCUAGAUGAUGUUGAUAAUGUAAAGCAGCUUGAUUUUUUGAUUGGUAAGAGGGAAUGGUUUUAUAAAGGAAGCCGUGUAGUAAUAACCACAAGGGAUCAAGGAGUUUUACAUGAGAGUUAUGUUAAUGUGAAAUAUGAGGUGCAAGUAUUGGAAUCCCCUGAAGCACUAGAAUUAUUCUGUUACCAUGCAAUGAGAAGAAAGGAACUUGCUGGUGAAUUUUUGGAUGUGUCAAAUGAAAUUGUGAGUCACACAGGAAAAUUGCCUUUGGCUUUGGAAGUUUUUGGGUCUUUUCUAUUUGAUAAGAGGACGAUUAAGGAAUGGAAAGAUGCUUUGGAGAAGCUGAAACAACAGAUUCGUCCUUCAUGUCUUCAGGAUGUGUUGAAGAUAAGUUUUGAUGCUUUAGAUGAACAAGAGAAGAUUAUAUUCCUUGACAUUGCUUGUUUGUUUGUGCAAAUGGAAAUGAAUAGGGAUGAUGUGAUUGAUAUAUUGAAUGGUUGUGGUUUUAGAGGAGAGAUAGCUAUAACAGUUCUCACUGCAAAAUGUUUGAUUAAAAUCACUAAGGAUAGUAUCGUGUGGAUGCAUGAUCAACUUAGAGACAUGGGAAGGCAAAUUGUUCAAAAUGAAAACCUUUUAGAUUGUGGUCUACGUAGCAGGCUCUGGGAUCGUGAUGAAAUCUUUACUGUCUUGAAGACUAACAAGGGAACAAGAAGUGUUCAAGGGAUUGUCCUAGACUCAUGUAUAAAAGAGAAGUAUAAAAAGUAUGUGCGGGAUAGAGAAGAGAAAGCAAAACAGGUUACACUUAAGACAAAGCACUUUCAACCAAUGGUUUCCUUAAGAUUGCUUCAAAUUAAUUAUUCGAGAUUGGAAGGACAAUUUAGAUGUCUCCCUCCAGGACUGAAGUGGUUACAAUGGAAACAAUGUCCAUUAAGGUAUAUGCCUUCUAGCUAUAAUCCUUUGGAACUUGCAGUGAUUGAUCUCUCGGAAAGUAAGAUUGAAACGCUGUGGGGCAGGCACAAUAACAAGGUGGCUAAGCACUUGAUGGUUUUAAACCUCUCCAGUUGCCACAAUUUGGCAGCAAUUCCUGAUUUAAGUGGGUAUCUAUCUCUGAACAAGAUUGUUUUGGAGGCAUGCACUCUUUUAACUGGGAUUCAUGAAUCACUUGGAAAUCUAAGUACCUUAGUUCACUUGAACUUGCGCCUCUGCUAUAACCUUAUAGAAUUACCUGGUGAUAUCUCUGGGCUGAAAAAUCUUGAGGACCUUAUUCUUUGUGGCUGCUGGAAAUUGAAAGCAUUACCAAAAGACAUAAGCUGCAUGGUCUCUUUAAGACAACUUCUUCUUGAUGACACUGCUAUAACUGAGUUACCUGAGUCCAUCUUCCACCUCACAAAACUUGAAAAGUUAAGUGCAAAUAAAUGCCAGUUUUUGAAGAGGUUACCUAGUUGCAUUGGGAAACUGUGCUCCCUGCAAGAAUUGUCACUCAACCAUACAGCAUUGGAGGAAUUGCCUGAUUCUGUUGGUUCAUUGGAAAACCUUGAGAUGCUUGGUUUGGUGGGGUGUAAGUCCCUCUCUGUGAUUCCUAACUCUGUUGGGGAACUAAUUUCAUUGACACAAUUAUUUUUUGGCGUCAGUGGAAUUAAAGAAUUACCUUCUUCUAUUGGUUCUUUAUCAUAUUUAAGGAAACUGUCUCUCGGAGGCUGCACUUUUAUUGACAAAUUGCCUGUGUCAAUAGAAGCCUUAGUUUCUAUUGUUGACCUUCAGUUAGAUGGGACAUCAAUUACCGAUUUGCCAGAUCAAAUUGGAGGCAUGAAAAUGCUACAAAAGCUUGAGAUGAGAAAUUGUCAACAUCUCAAGAUUCUACCAACAUCAAUUGGCUAUUUGUCAGCUCUUACCACAUUGGACAUGUAUAAGACUAACAUUACUGAAUUGCCAGAAUCAAUAGGAAAGUUGGAAAACCUUAUUCGGUUGAGAUUAGAUAUGUGCAAACAGCUCCAAAGGCUUCCAGCCUCCAUUGGGAAUUUGAAAUCUUUGCAAUGGUUACAGAUGAAGGAAACAGCAGUUAUACAUCUGCCUGAUAGCUUAGGGAUGCUUUCAAGCCUGGUAAAACUGGACAUGGAAAGAAGACCUUAUCUUAAUAUGGUUGCAAACAACAUGCCUACAGGGAUCAUAAUUCCUAACAAACAAGAAGAACCUAAUUCAGAGGCAAUCUUAACUUCUUUUUGCAAUCUAACCUUGAUGGAAGAGCUAAAUGCUCAUGGAUGGAGAAUAUUUGGAAAAAUUCCAGAUGAAUUUGAAAAGCUAUCAUCACUAGAAACUUUAAGUUUAGGCCACAACAACAUUUGCAGUCUUCCAACCAGCAUGACAGGCCUCUCCUGUCUCAAAAAACUUUUGUUGUCAGAUUGCAGGGAGCUCAUGUUUUUGCCUCCUCUUCCCUCUAGCUUAGAAGAGCUUAAUAUUGCAAACUGUACUGCAGUACAGUACAUAUCUGAUAUUUCAAACUUGGAGAACUUAGAGGAGUUGAACCUUACAAAUUGUGAAAAGGUGGUGGAUAUACCAGGUCUUGAACAUUUGAAGUCCUUAAGAAGGUUGUACAUGAGUGGAUGCAUUGGAUGCUCCCUUGCCGUAAAGAGAAGAUUUUCCAAGGUUCUACUUAAAAAAUUACAGAUUUUGAUUAUGCCUGGAAGCAGAGUUCCAGAUUGGUUUUCUGGGGAAUCAGUGGUCUUUUCCAAGCGAAGAAACCGCGAACUUAAAGGUAUUGUUUGUGUUGGGGUGCUCUCUUUCAACCAUAUACCUGAAAACCAAAGAGAUGAACUGCAGAUAGUGGAUGUUCAAGGAAAAAUCUUCAAUUUGACUGAUAAUGUAUAUAGCACAACGUUUCGCCUGCUAGGAGUACCUAGGACAAAUGAAGACCAUAUUUUUGUGCGUAGAUUUGGAGCUCAUACUCCGUUGGUUUUUCAGUUAAAAGAUAGAUAUACCUUACAUUUGACAAAGCGAAACCCACCCUAUGUUGAGGGGCUGGAGCUGAAGAACUGUGGAAUUUAUUUAGUCUUUGAAGGUGAUGAUGAUUAUGAGGGAGAUGAAGGAUCACUAGACGAAUGUCAAUACUCAGUUUCACAAAAAUUAGCCAAGUUCUUCAACUCUAUUGCAGAGCAUGACCUAUUUGUGUGAAUAUAGUUAUUCAGAUGAACUGCAAGAAAUAGAAAAAAGAACAUGCAGUCAUGCAA